GAUGAUGUGUAUUUACAUUGCAGUUCAAGUUCAAAUUUUAUUCCUAAUGUACUAUUAACCGUCUUUUUCGAACUCAAGUCGUAUACCUAAAAAUCCGAUGGACCGAAACAGAGCUAAAGAUGCUUCAGAAGGGAUCGCUCCUAUGGGCAUAACUGCAUUAAAUGAGACAGUUUUAAGUAACCAGCCAGAGUCACGAUACGAAUGUCCUGUUUGUUUAAACUGGCUUAGAGAUCCAGUAAUCACAACAUGCGGACACAAGUUUUGUAAAAGCUGCAUUACGUCAUGGCUACAAAACAGUGGUCACUGUCCAAUCGAUAAUAUUAAUCUAAGUAUGAAAGUGGAUAUAUUUCCUGAUAACUACACUAAAAGAGAAAUACAAGAACAAAGAAUGAACUGUCCAUUUUCAGCUAAAGGAUGUACAGUAAAAGUAACCCCCUUAGACUUAGAUGCACACAUAGCUGUGUGCGAGUACAAUCAACCGGAAACAUCUUCACAACCAGAAAUACACAUCCCUUGUUCAUUCAAGCCAGCCGGUUGUAAAGAAACAUUUGAUAGUCAAGAUGAAAUGAACCAACAUUUGAAUAAUGAUACCCAGAGUCAUAUGAAUUUACUCAUGAAUGCAUAUUCAGAAAUGAAAAUCAAUAAUGAUAUGUCGAAUGCUAAUAUGGACACUAAAGAACAAGAGGCGAUGGCUCUGUGGGACGCACCUGAUAAAGAUGGCAAUCAAACAUCAUCCCCACCACUUAACAAUACCAGUGCACUAAUACGAGCUCUAUAUGAACGUGUUGUCGUACUUGAACAAAGGAAUCGCGAACAAGACAUAGUCAUAGCGAAUAUUUCGAAGCAACUCUCGGCUUUUGCCGUAGCCAAGAUGAAACAAAACAAUGAAAUGUUACUGCGCUACUGCAUGGGAAACUAUGUGUGGAGAAUCGAUAACUUCAAAACGAGACUUGACGCCAUGCUGAAGGACCAUUACAAAAUGUUGUACAGCCCUGGAUUCUAUACAUCACCCAACGGUUAUAGAUUUUGUGUCCGGCUGAACAUUUCACCGCAGAACACCCACUUCUUCGCUCUGCACGUGCACUUAAUGAAGACCGAAAACGACGACUGCCUCGAAUGGCCGUUCAACGGCAGGAUAUCGUUCGUCCUGGUCAACCAGGUCUACCCGGAGCUGUCCCAGCGCGACACGAUGAUGUCCAACACGAACUUGAAGGCGUUCAGUAAGCCCGCCACAGAGAUAUGCGUGCGAGGAUUCGGCUACACAGAGUACGCUGUCCUCGGUGACGUCAUUCGCAACGGCUUUGUCAAGGACGACGUUCUCAUCAUCAGAGUCAACAUCAAAUGCGUAUGACAUGAGGAGUGAUUUUUUUGUUACAUUCCGUUUGACUGUAUAAGUAUAAAAUUGUGGAAAAAAUCAUUGAAAAAAACAAUCAAACUUUAACAUCAUUUCUGAGAUUUUAUAUUUCAAAAACCUUUGGUGACAUAUCUCUGCGAUAUGACACUACACGCUGACAAACUGAAGUCUUGAAACAAUUUCUCAUUAAAAGGUUGUUAUUACCAAAACUUGUUGAAUAAGCUAAAUAGUUAUAGUCCUAAUACUUACUAGGUAAUGAGAUCAAAUUUCAAAUAAAUCAAUAUGAAUCUCCAUUAUUUACAUAUGAAUGCAAUAUAUUAUUUGCAUAUUUAAUAAUAAUGUCUCAUUAUUAUCAUUAAAAAGUAUUAUAGAUCCGUCCGUAUCCUUAGCUAUAAUAUUUAACUAGUUUUAAGGGUAAUUUAAUUGGUUUUUGAAUUUUUAAAAGUAUUGUCUAAUCCGUGCUAUGUCCAUUUAUAUGUUACUUACUGUAUUAUUCUCUCGCAGGCUUAAUCAAAUGCAUAAUAUCUAUCGAGGGGUGAAAGGCUAAGUGACAUUUUUGCAACUUUACCGGUGAGCCAUGUAGUUCAAAAUUGAAAAAAAAACCUUUCAAUAAACUUCAUCUAAUUAAAUGGAAUAAACUUAAUUGGAGUUCAAUGAAAUAUAUCGAACUGCUGAUACUAAUAAUAUCAAAUAAAACGCACCUUUAAUUGAGGCCAUCAGCGUAAAAGUGGCCUAACCCACAAUUUUUGAAAAUUGUUGCUUAUAAAUUGCAAUGUAUUUGAAACGAAAUAAAUUUUGACGCAAAACAGGCCUAUCCUUAGUUUCAGCGAUAGAUAAAGCAGGUGGCUUUGUAAACAUUAUUUUCGCGCGUAUUGUUUUUACCUACGAACCAGUGUAAAAGUAAAUUAAAACCUCGAUAUCUCCAUACUACCUAAGGUAGGCUUAGGCCACUUUUGCGCUGACGGCCUCAAUUAUAAAGAUAAAUGUCGCUAAAACAACCUUUCACCCCUCGAUAUGGUUAUUUCCUUUUAGUGCAGCCUUUACGUUUUAUCGAUUUCCAUAUCGACAAAUUCCUAACCAUGUUUUCAAUUCUAAAUACAAAGUGAAAGGGUUAAAUUCGACUCGUUUAACUAUACUUGGGCCAUUACAAACGUGCGAACUCGUAAAACAUUACGUCAAAGGGUUGUGACAAUGCCGCGCAACUCGAUAUCGAUAAAGGGAUGCCGCUCGGGUUCAGGUAGUCAGAUGAUGUGCUCGUUGAUACCUGGUACACAUGUUAAUUGUAGGUUGUAAGUGUGUGAAAAAUUGUGUUAGUUAUCAUUAGACAAUCCUACGCGAACCAUGGAAGCACUAUUCGAUCUUUUUUUGUUAAAAUUAAAUAUCGAUAUUAACGCCCAAACUCGUUCGGUUAUUUAUAAAGUGUUGAUAGGGUUUAACGAAUUAAAAAGUGACCCGAAAAAAACAUCUUUUUUAAAAUUAAAAUAAAUAACGGCUUUUUUGGUAAUUAUAUUGAUAUAAGUUUUAUUAACACAACCCCAGAAGUGUGAGCGAGAGAUCCGAUAUAAGUCUGAGCGAGAGGUCUGAUAAAAAUGAUUUAUGACUCAGUUCGCACGUUUGUAAUGGCUCAAGUAUAUAAAGUGAUAGAUUACUGUAGUUGUAUUAAAAUGUAAUCUUUUAUACAAAAAAAACAUUCCAAUAAGUGCCUGUUUUAAUUAGAGAUAAGACUUAUUUAUUGCUGUCGUGGACCAACCCUAUCACGCGGGUAUUUUAAUGUUUUUAUGGGGUUAGCUCAUUAACAGUGGCGUAUUCGAAGAUUCAGCGCCUUGGGCUUUUAAGGUAUCCCGCAGCCCUUUGAAUCAAUUGAAAAAACUGAAAUAUUUGAUUACAAAAUAAAAUCUUGCAGUCCCUUGUUUGUAAUAGUAAAGUCGAUCAAUCUUACAAACCAAACUAGUUUUGUUAAGAGGUUUUUUUUUAAUUUUUAACUUCAGCCUCAUAAAGCCACUGCAAAACUGAGAGCUGUUAAAGACAAGAGUAACCAUUGCGUUAAAACCAUUUUGAGUCUGUAAAUAUUUAACAUAUAAUGUUAUAUUUCACUUUAUUAAAUACUGAAUUUAUAUUAUUGUUAACACAAAUUAUAAUUGUAUUACAAAAUAAUUGGUUUUAUUU